AUGAUUUCCAAAUUUGCCCCUAUUUCUUUGGGGGACAUUGAACAAGCGUAUUCCAGGAUAUCUCCUCACAUUCACAAGACCCAAAUCUUGUCCUCUGACACUUUUAACAACCUCGCCCACAAGGAACUCUUCUUUAAAUGCGAAAACUUCCAGAAAACAGGUGCUUUUAAGGCUAGAGGGGCUUUAAAUGCCAUUUUAAGAGCAAAGACCCAAGAUCCGUUGUUACCAGGCAUUGUGACUCAUAGCAGUGGGAAUCACGGACAAGCUGUGUCUUGGGCCUGUGGUCAAAUCGCACGUGUUCCAUGUUCAGUUGUGGUUCCAAAGGAAACACCGGAAGUGAAAUGUAACGCCAUCAAAGGAUACGGGGCCGAGUUGGUCCUUUGUGAAAACUCGCCCACUUCCCGCAUGGAGACUUGUCAAGGGAUUUCAGAGGACAGGAAGUUCAAGAUCAUUCAUCCAUAUGAUGAUUACGAUGUGAUUUGUGGAAACAGUACCAUUGCCUUGGAGCUUCAUGAGCAAGUUCCAAAUUUGGAUGCCAUCUUGGUUCCAGUUUCUGGGGGAGGAAUGACGUCGGCCAUUGCUCUAGCUACCAAGGCUAUCAAUCCAAGGUGCAAGGUCAUUGCCAUCGAGCCUGAAGGCAAAAACCUUGGUCCUUGUUUAAAGGCAAAGUCCAGGUUAUGGAGCAACCCGCCCCAAUUCGUCAAUACUAUCGCUGAAGGAAUCAAAACCCAACAGGCUGGUAAGCUGACCUUUCCCAUUCUAUGUGACCUUGUGGAGGAGGAAGUGAUUACAAUAUCGGAUCAAGAGAUGAUUGCUGGUAUGAAACUAGUAGCCGAGCGAAUGAAGCUGGUCAUUGAAGCAGCGGCUGGAGCGGCUGUGGCGGCAGCCCUGAUUUCCCCACAAUUGGAUCAAAAGUUUCCCGGACUCUCUAAAGUUGGGGUCAUUUUAUGCGGCGGGAAUCUUGACUUGAACAAAAUUCCAUGGAUGAAAUAGAGCUUAUUGAAGCAUUGAAAAA